AUGGCAUUGCGAGACAAGAGUUUCUCGGAGCACGAGCAGACUCAAUACAUAGCAGGACUGUCUUCUCAGAGAGUGUUGUCCAAACCUGAUAGCGAGCUGAGGGUCCAUGUUCAUGGUGAGGAUCACCGAAUGGCAACAAAUAGCGCCGAAAGACCUAUUACGAAGGUUGGACACACUGAAGAAAAGAGACUGCGCCUCAAAGUCGAUCUGCAUAUAAUCCCCCCAAUUGCAAUCCUAUAUCUAUUCAGCUGCAUCAGUCGUGCCAACAUCGGCAAUGCGAAGAUCGCAGGUUUGGAGGAAGACCUACAUCUGACAGGUAACAACUACAAUAUCGUUUUGACGGCGUUCUAUACGUCCUAUAUCAUCUUCCGAAUCCCAUCCACCUUGCUGUGCAAACGACUCGGUCCUCGCCUCUGGCUACCAGUGAUCGCCCUGGGCUGCGGUCUACUCACACUAUGUACAGCAGUAUGCAACAACAUUCACACCCUCUGCGUUGUCCGGUUCUUCUUUGGCCUUUUUGAUGCCGGCAUGUUACCAGGCAUCGCGUACUAUCUCUCAAGAUGGUAUCCGAGGAAGGAAUUCGGCUCGAGACUGUCGCUCUACAUCGUCAUGGCUCCACUUGCAGGUGCUUUUGGGGGCCUACUAGCCUCCGGAAUUCUGUCGCUCGAUCAUUUCGGCAGGUUCCAUCGCUGGCGAAUGCUCUUCAUGGUCGAUGGCAUUAUCUUCUGCGGUCUUUCAGUUGUCGGCUUUUUCACCAUCUUUGACAGUCCCUUGUCGGCACGCUGGCUGUCAAAGGAGGAAAAGGCCUUUGUAAUUGGUCGUGUGCAAUCUGAGCGACCUGUGUCGACCGAGUUCCUGGACGACAUCAGUUUUGCCAGGUCGCGACGGGGAAUUUUCAACCCGGUCACAAUCACCACAGGCUUGAUCUUCCUCCUCAUCAAUGUGACAGCUGGAGGCCUCCAAUUCUUUGCUCCUACUAUUGUCAGGACCAUAUAUCCGGACAGCAGCACAGUCUCCCAGCAACUCCGUACGGUUCCGCCAUACGCUGUCGGUGCUUUCUUCACGAUCCUUUAUCCCUUCCUUGGCUGGCGACUGGACCGAAGCAAUAUCUUCAUCAUCCUUGCGGCACUGCCAAUAAUCGUUGGCUAUAUCAUGCUGCUGGCUACUCAAACCCCUCAAAUACGAUGGGCGGCAUUGUUCUUCGUUGCCAGUGGGGUGUACCCAUACGGCGCGCUUUGCGAUGCUCAGAUCUCAGCCAACGUUAUUUCCGACACUGCACGUUCUGCCGCAAUUGGUACCAACAUUAUGCUGGGCACCUGUGGAGGACUGAUUUCAAUAUGGAUGUGGCUUCCAAGAGAUAGCCCGAAGUACCGUAUUGGCAACGGUACUAAUUUGGCGACAUCGAGUGUCGCACUGAUAGUUGCUGUUCUCCUUCAUCUCUGGGUUAGAUUCGACAAUGGAAGGAGAAACACGAGGGAGAUGAGUACUGCCGAGUUGGCUGGCCUGGACCAGGAUCAAGCUCAAGAUCAAGCUCAAGAUCUCGAAUGGCGUCAUCCGGCAUUCAGAUGGAAGUUGUGA